GUAGAGGAAAAAAAGGUGUCAUGGUUUAUGCGUAACCAAACCAAUACAACCAGAGGAAAAUACUUGCUUUAAGCAUCGAGACAGGCGUAAAAUAGGCUGAGAAACAAACGAUGACUUUCUCUGAGCAGUCCGACGAUUACCAGUCUGAAGAAGUGGAAGUCUACUGUGAAAGUGAAGGAUCUGACCCAGAAUACGAUCCGUCUAGAGACCCAAGUUACGGCAUUCUUGGAGAAACCCAUGCCAAGUUCUCUAACCUCUCAAUCGAGAAGAAGAAAUCGAAGGCUCGAAUUGUUGAAUAUUUGGAUUUGGAUAUUGAGGGAGACUCGGAUGAGCUGGACGUGGUUGUGCCGGAACUUGAUGAGAAAGAUGCGAAAAGCUUUGAGAAAGUGCAAAAGAUCAUCGAAGCUGGUCAGCUAGAGAAACUAAAAGUGGACCGAUGUAAAGUUUAUCUGAGGAAGAAUGGAUUGAGACUGACUGGCAAUAAAGGCACACUCAUUCAGCGCAUUAAGGAGCAUCUAGAGAUUUUAAAUGGUGGAGGGGAGAAGAAAUAUCCAGUCUCUAGCUUUGUAUUGGAUUGUAAAGGGGAUGCAUGCACUGGUGAUGUUGUUAUGUUUGAACAAAAUGUUUAUGAAAUGUUCAACAUAGCAUCCCGAAGUGCCUGUGGUCCUCCUUGUGGCACAAGGAUUGUUGUGGGCCGCAUUGUGAAAGAAAGUUAUGGUGCUGCCAAGCAACAGCAUACUUUCACGAUAGAAGUACUCUGGAGCAAGGGGGAGAAACCGCUCCCUCCACUUCAUCCCCUGCUAAUUAAGGGUCGAAACCUUUACCGUUUGAAAACUUUGAGACAGAGAUGGGAAAAUGAAUGGGAGAGGCAGAAAGCUUUGAUGGAAAAGCACUCCAGGGGGUCUGUUGCAAGGUCUGAUAGAGAAGUACGUGUCCAAAAGAAGGAAAAUAGGAAAAUGCUCAAGGCAACCAGGAUCUCAAGACAGGAGUCAAAUGGGAACCAAUCUCACUUCAAUUCAAACGUAACUGUAAAAUCUGCAUUCCAACCACCACAGUCAGGUUUAUUCGUCGAUUCAAGAAAACCGUCAUUUAGUUCACAUUCACAGCCUGGGCCAUAUAAUAAUUCAGGCAAAUCAGAAUCUCAACCUCAAAAGAUGAGUUCAUCUGUUAAUUCAGGAAAACCAGCAGCUUCCCAGCAACAGUUUGGUGUUUGCAUUGAUCCUGAGAAACUAGCGACGAGAUAUCAGAAGGUGGGCAUAUUCACUGAUUUGGGAAAGCCAACGAUGCAGGCUCAACAAGCAGGUUUAUACAGUGAAGCAAGGCAGACUGUAACGCAACCACAACAGCAAACUAAUACAAGACAAAGUAAUUAUAACCAGCAGCCUUCUCAGAACUCUGUUGAUUGUAGGUACUCAAGUAAUACAGAAAAAAUGUAUAGUGGCGGUCGCGAGGUUCACCAUUCAAACUUCAAGCGGCCCAACUUGAACUCGUAUCUGAAUGACCAUCAAGCUACUAGUAAUAAAUAUCCAAAUAAUGACCGGACAAGCGGGCUAUCGGACAGGGGUUAUAAUAGACAGCCAUUGACAAGCAUCAGCCACUUCCCUCCAAUGAACCAACCACAGAGGCAAGGCUACCGGCCGCCACAGCUGUGCCGAUAUUAUGCUCAAGGGAGGUGCCAUUUUGGUGACAAUUGCAAAUUUGUGCACCAGUCAAGAAGAUAAUGUGGACAGAGAGGAAACGGAGGUGGCCUUGUUGUGAUCAGAGUAAGACAGGAAGGUGCUCGCUCAUUCCUGAAUUUGAAGGAUAUUGAGUGCGAACGCGAGUUUCAACGAGUUUGUUGAAUUUUGUGCUUCUUGACUUUUGUUUCAAUUUUUUUUUAAAUAUUAUUAAUGGACGUCAUAAUGCGCAUUAUUGGUCAUACCAAAGAUCUCAUUGCUAUUACUUUGGCUCUUGCAAACUGCUUGAUGCACUCUCUCUUUUCAAUCCCUUCAAG